AUGCCCUACCUCGCAACCUCCCAGGCAUUCCUAGAGCAAUCUGCCAUGCUCCUCCAAGCAUACCCAGAGACGACACGCAUAACAACAAAAUACAGCUUCCCAACGGCUCGCCCCAGCGCCCGCGCCAAACACGCCAAAUCCCUCGCCAAAAAGCCCUCCACAACCGCCGACACCACCCCACCCACGCCCAUCGCCGCUCUCACUCUGAAAACUUAUAACCCGGCCACCGGCAUCGUCCUGCAGUACCGCACCAACAAGAUCGCCGAGGUCAGCCGGUUAGUCACGGGGCUGGGCAAGCUUGCCGCCGGCGCGGACGUCGCGAGUCUGGGAGCGCCGGCGCCAGGCGCCGCAGACGUGGAGAUGGUCGAUGCGCCGGCUGUUGAGGAGAGUGCAGCAGCUCCUGUCUCUGCGAGCGGGGGCAAGGCCGGAGGUGGUGCGAAGGGGAAGAAGAAGGGUGGGAAAGGGAAGCGGUAG